AUGGAAGUGUUGCCAGGAGACACCUAUAGGGUGGCUGAGGUGGCCUCCGACGGUCGAGAGGUGUACGCCACCACCGCCCACACCACUCAGCUAAAAUCAUGGAAGAUUCUGCAACAUGCUGAUAGUGAAGACGAGGUCGAAGGAGACGACCAAGACGGCGUUGUCCGACGUGAGGUCGAUGAUGAAGACGAGGAGGGCGAUGUCCGACAUGAGGUCGAUGAUGAAGAUCGUGGUGCGGAGGGCAAUCCGACCGUCAUCGAGCCCAGCCGGAUCAGACGUCCACCUGCGUACUUGUCCGACUACAAGCUGGACUAA